AUGUCCUCCGCCGACUUCGCCCGCGCACAAGAGCGCCUAGCCGCCCGCCGCCAACAACGCGAGUCCGAAGCCCGCGCGCGCACCGCAGCCGAGCGCUCUUCACGUGCCGCGUCCUCCGUCUCGCGAUUGCCAUACCCCUUCAACAGAGCAGCCACAGCGGGUCUGGGGCUAUGGGACACGAUCAAGGGCCGCGAGGGUACGCAUCCGGCCUUCAGAGUCGGGCAGGUCGACGCGGAACUGCUGGAUGAGGAGCUGCUGGAGCUGCUGAAGGGGCAGGUGGGGGAGGGGCUGAAGUAUUUCGGGUCCCACCUCACCGACACCUACGCCCCCGAAAUCCUCCUCCUCCUCCGCGCCGCCCUCUUCAAACUCACCCUCUGGGACCACAACGCCUCCUACGGCGCACAUCUCCAAGGCCUGCGCUACACCGACGCCCGCGCACCUUCCGCCUCCCGGCCCCCGCCCAAACCCUGGCAGAAAGCCGCCUACGGCGUCCUCUCCAUCGGCGGCCGCUACGCCUGGGCGAAGUGGGAGGCGUGGCUGCUCUCGCACAACGACCCCUACGACUCUCCAUCUUCUUCGCCCUCAACUUCGAGGAUCGAGAAACUAUCCCGCUUGACGAACGCGCUCAGCACGGCGCAUGAGGCAGCGGCCCUGACAUCCUUUGCCGUGUUCCUGUACAACGGCCGCUAUCGCACCCUCCUCGACCGCGCGCUGCGCCUCCGCCUCACCCCAGCCACCACCACCGCGUCGCGCGAAGUCAGCUUCGAGUACCUCAACCGCCAGCUCGUGUGGCACGCCUUCACGGAGUUUCUGCUCUUCCUGCUCCCCCUCGUCGGCGUCGCGCGCUGGCGGCGGCUGCUGGCGCGGUUCUGGCGGCGGACGAAAACCGCAUUCCUAAGCCUUGUUAGGAGGGGGAAGAGCGCAGGCGAUGACGACGACACCACCGCAGCAGGAGGCGGGGAGUACGCCUUCCUCCCCGAACGCACCUGCGCGAUCUGCUACGCGGCUUCCAACCCCCUCCCCACCACCACCGGCGCGUCGGAAGCCGAAACCCUCGCCGCGAGUGCCUCGGGCGGCGUGGUGGGGUCCGCGCAGACGGACAUCACGAACCCGUAUGCCGCGAUCCCAUGCGGGCAUGUGUACUGCUACUCCUGCCUCGCGAGCGCGAUCGCGGGCGAGGAGGGCGAGGGUUGGAGUUGUUUAAGGUGCGGGGAGGUUGUGUACAGUUGCAGGCCUUGGGAUGGGGAUGUGGUUGAGGUGGUUGGGCGGCCGGCGUCAAGUGGGAAGGCUGUCGGGUUUACGGAGGAAGACUCGCAAGAAGAGAGGGAGGGGGAGAAGGGUGGGUUGAGGGAUGUGGAGCCCAUGCCUGAGGUCGAUGAGCAGGAAGUCGAGAUCGAGGAGAGGGUCAGGGAGGAGGUGGAGGCGGCAGGGGAGGUGGGGGAGGCAGGCGAGGGGUUGGAUGAGGUUGAGGGCGAAGGGUGGUUGAGGGCGAGUGGAGUCGUAGAGCGCGAAAGCGAAACUAGCUCAGAUGAGCAGAGUGAGGAUUAUGAUGAGGGAGAGGGCGAGUUGAGUGAUGUCGAGGUGGGCGAGGGGAUAGAUUAG